AUGAGUAGGAAAGGCUAUUAGCGCUCCGAGACGGAGUGAGUGAGAGUGGGAGAGGGAAAGGGAAAGAGGGAGGAGAGAGCGCAGCACAGCCAGAGAGCAGAACAGUGAUCUCCCUACUCCAGCCUGGAUCCCUACACACUUCUCAUUGAGACCAGUCCCGGAAACAGACCCUGAGGACUUAACUACACCAUCUUACCCAUCACACACAGCCAGAAACAGCCUCAGCAGCUUCUGAUCCUUUCCUCUCCUUUUCCUGGGAGAGUGUGUUCUACCGGGCUAGCUAUGCUGACAGUGCUGUGAGGUAGAGGACGGACACACGACUACCUCAGAGGACAAGGUCGACGAUUGAGGGAGUAAAAAUAAACAGAAGGACGAUGAUGUCAUCCCCUGAUUUGUCCCUCUCUCCUACUCUGUGAUAGAAAGAGAGAGAGAGAGAGAGAGAGAGAGAGAGAGAGAGAGAGAGAGAGAGAGAGAGAGAGAGAGAGAGAGAGAGAGAGAGAGAGAGCACCAAAUGACACAUAGCUGAUGGCCCAGUGUUAUAUUAUAAUCUCCUCUCUCUCCAAAGUAGCUAAUGACCCUCCUCCCAGCCUGGUCUGACAUUAAUGUAUAAGGUGCCACAGCACUGAGGUGAUCCUGCCUCACUCCAGUGGAAUUUCAAGGUGUGAGGACACGAAAAGGCCAUUGACCUUAACUCUGCUCUCUGGACAGGAGAUGGAGGGGUGUUUCUGAAGGGUGUCGGAGGGAAUACGUACUGAAUGAAGAGGGGAGGAGAGUUGAGUAUCAGCCAGGCACUGCUCUGGCUCUGUUAAGAUCCGAGGAGGACUACCGAUCAAAUAACAAAGGACAACAAGCAGCUGCAUAAAAGAAACCAUUCAUUUAGUAAAUCACGUGGAUGGAUGCUACAAUGCACAUCCUCUCCCUACCCACCGCGGACGACGAGUGUAUGAGUUUCUGCAUUUAAUGAAUCCUCAGUGCUUUUCCCUAACCGGAAUACAGUGUUUUUAAUGGAUGUACGAGAGCAUAGAGCAGUCCUCUGUGAUCCAUCACUGUUGUUUGCAGCCUCUGGGUAAAGUAAAUCGGGAAACGUUUUGAAGGUGGACUGUUUUUUUCUCUCAUGGUGGAGCUGAAUUUGUAUCCGUAAAAUAGAAAAGGAAGGAUCCAAGACAGUUUCAGCUGGCUCCAACUACACUCAUCUGCAUCAUAACCUUCCAAUUAUUUCGACAAAGGGCUGCACCAUUAGGAUUAAAGGUGUGCCAAGCGGAGAUUUUUGCUACUACUACAUAAGUAUUACUACUACUACUACGGCGCACGAGGGAGGGGAUAAUGCAUACCCCUCCUGUGCUGAUCUCAGAAGCCACCAUGAGCAACGUGACUGUCCUCGACACCUCGGAACCCUCUGACCUUGAUAUGACCCAGUCUGCCGCCCCCUACCCUGUCAGCUUCCAGGUGUCACUGACAGGGUUCCUGCUGCUGGAGAUCGUGCUGGGCCUAAGCAGCAACCUGACAGUGCUGGUCCUCUACUGCAUGAAGCAGAACCUCAUCACCUCCGUGUCCAACAUCGUCACCAUGAAUCUGCAUGUCCUAGACGUACUAGUGUGUGUGUCUUGCAUCCCUCUGACUACCGUGGUAAUACUCCUACCCCUGGAGGCUGAUACAGCACUGGUCUGCUGCUUCCACGAGGCCUGUGUCUCCUUCGCUAGCGUAGCCACUGCCUCUAACGUGCUAGCUAUCACUGUCGACCGCUACGACAUCUCAGUGCGUCCAGCCAACCGCAUGCUAACCAUGGGCCGCGCCGUGGCUCUGCUGGGCUUAAUUUGGGCUAUGUCCUUCUUCAGUUUCUUGGUCCCCUUCAUGGAGGUGGGUUUCUUCAGCGAUUUUGGCUCAGACUUCGUCAACCAGACUGCAGUUGCCUCUGUGGUCCAUACUAACGAGUACUACACAGAGCUGGGGCUGUACUACCACCUCUUGGCUCAGAUCCCAAUCUUCUUCUUUACGGCCGUAGUCAUGCUGGUGACCUACUACAAGAUACUCCAGGCACUGAACAUCCGCAUCGGGACACGCUUCCAACACAACCAGCCCAAGAAGAAGCCCCACAAGAAGAAGACCAUCUCCUUAACCACUGCAACGCAGGUGGAAUCUACAGAUGCGUCCCAGGGCAGCGGGCCAGUCAGAGGGGCCGGAAACCCACCUGCGGUCCUGUCCAUGCGGACCUCCGUCUCCGUCCUCAUGGCUCUGCGCAGGGCCGUUAAACGCCACCGAGAACGGCGGGAGAGGCAGAAACGCGUCUUCAGGAUGUCCCUCCUCAUCAUCUCCACCUUCCUGCUCUGCUGGACGCCCAUCACGGUCCUCAACACGGUCAUCCUCAGCGCAGGGCCCUCAGACUUCACGGUCAAGUUGCGGUUGGGUUUCCUGGUCAUGGCUUAUGGGACAACCAUCUUCCACCCGCUGCUCUACGCUUUCACCAGGCAGAAGUUCCAGAAGGUGCUGAAGAGCAAGAUGAAGAAGAGGGUGGUGUCCGUGGUGGAGGCUGAGCCAAUGCCCAACAACGUGGUCAUUCACAACUCCUGGAUCGACCCCAAGAGAAACAACAAGAAAGUCACCUUCGAGGAGUCUGAGGUCAGGCAGAAGUGUCUAUCUUCCCAGGAUCCAGAAUAAAACAACAUUGUCUGUCAUCCAUGACAGGCUAUAGUGCAUCAUGAAGAUCAGCAAGGCUUGGGGAUAGUGGUUAGGUCGAAAGACAUACCUCUCAACAGAGGUUGGUAGAGUGGGAUAACUUGGAAUAAGCUAUGUCCAUCUUCAGAGAAAGUGGAAUAAAGAGAUCAUUUCUGAGAAGUCAUUAAAUAUCUGCAUGGCUAGAGGGAGUUCAUGGACAUGAGUCUGAGCCAAGGUCAAGAUAGAAAAGCUUCUGUUCAGAAGAUGCAGAAUAAGACAAUGUGGAUUAUGAGGACGUGAAAUAAGAAUAAAAUGGAAUAAGCAAUGGACACUUAUACAGGGUGACAAAACGUUAUCACGAACCAACUCAAUUAAAAAAGGGAAACCACUUAUCCAAAGCAGUAAUGUAAAUGAAAACGUUUUACCUGUAUAGUUACCCUAAAGGGGAUAAUUUAUUACUAUUUAUUGUAAGAGGUUGAUGUGGUGUCAAUGACAAUUUAAACUAAGUACUGUACCUACUGCAUAGUGUUGUUAUAGACGUAACAUAAUUAUUGUGUAUAGUCAUGUACAGUGUUUAGAAUAAAUAUAUGUUUACAACACAUAAAGGAAAGAUGCACCCAUUUUGAAUGUUAUAUCGUAUUUGUGCAUCUCUGAGCUAUGAGCAAUGAUGGAAAAUGCGUCACACCGGCUGUAUUUCUGCCUGCUUGAAUGGCUAAUAGCUCAGAUACACAUGAAAACAUGAAAUGACCCCUAGAAUCGAUAGAGCAUAGCUCAGAGAUAGACAAAUACGAUAUAACAUUCAAAAUGGGUGACUCUUUCCUUUAAGCAAGUAUUUGUCCUUUUAUAAUAAAUAAUGUGAAAAAGUU